GUAAAAAAAAAAAAAAACGAACAACGGUCUAAAGACAGCUAAUAAAGCUGUGAUAAAUUGCUACUUGCCUCUCAAUACAUCAAGUUUACAAGACUAUUCGGAACUGUCAACGUAGACAGCACUACUUUUUUCUUAAAAGCGGCUGAAAAACCCAUCGAGCCAGCGAUCACUCAAGAAACGAUGGCCGAAAACGCCCCACAGAAGAGGUUGACUAGAGUGGAAAAGGCCAGACUAGAGGCGUUGGCUGCAUUUGGUAAUCAUGACUUUGAUUCUAUGACUGUGAAGAAGACAGACUUUCAUACAAAGCUCAAGGCCACCAUGCCCAAAGACAGUGGAAGUGGUAACAGAAGACCUCUGACCAGGCUGCAACAGGCAAGAAUAGAAGCUAACAAGGCCUUCAAGGGUGUGAAAUUUGGGGAUAAGCCAAUACAUGCUACCAAAAGACCCAGCUCAAAGUCACAGGAGAGCACCCAGUCUGUAACCCAGCCCAAGGUCAGAAGACUGGACAGAGCACAGAAGGAAGUGAUCCAGUCAUUUGAGGGUGUUUCACUUGGGAGCUUGGGGAAGAAGUUAAGCAGACUGGAGAAUGAACAGUUAGAAAGAAGACAAGCACUACAUGCAGAAGGUAGGAAGCCACCUGUGAACCGGGCCAAAGAAAGGCGAAGUUCAACUGCUCACCAAAAGAGGCGCUCUAGAAGAAGUUCCAUCGCAAUGAGCAAACAGAAACGCAUGACCAGAGCUCAAAGAGCUCGAAUGGAGGCUUUGCAGAGCUUUGGGGGGAAGGGUUUGGAUCAGAUUGCCAAAGUGGAUAAAAGCAUUGAGAAUAGUGAUUGCCAUGGGGCUGAAGAAACCACCAUUGGGGUACAAGAGGAGUCUGUCAGAGUAGUAAACAGCACAGUUAUUGGCCAGGCAUCUGAAGGCAAUACUGAUAAACCUUUUAUCAACAUCAGCUCUAUCAGUCCCAUAAAGGAAAGUGAAAGGAUCCUCAGCAGAGAAGUAAGUAACAAUGACAGCAGCCUCAGACAGACGCAAGGGCAUGAAACAGACACAGAAGAUGAUGGCUUUGCUCAAGCACCUGGCCAUAUUGGAGCACAACAAGAGACAGCCAUUACCCAUGCUAGACCAAUACAUAGAACAGAUGACUCCAAUGCUGCAAUACAGGAGUUUGAUCACCCCAAUACUGGUCCAACAACAGAACCCUUUAAAAGCCAGGAAAUCUGCUCUGAUACUAACAACCAAGAUGAUCUCCAAAGUAGACAAUGCCAAGAUUGCCAAGAUGCCAAGAGACUGACUCGCGUGCAGAAAGCAAAGCUUGAAGCACUUGCAAGCUUUGCAGGAAAGCCUUUGCAUGACAUCUGCAAGUCCUCUUCAAGGAUUGUUGCCAAGUAUCUGAAACCCAAAAAAGAUCAAGCUACAAACACUCAGACUACUGAACUAUGCAGCACUGAAGCGCAAACAGAUAGAAUGAUGAGCAAAGAGGCAAAUACUGGUGAAAUGCCACUGUCCAAAGGGCCGGUGACACUAACUGUUAAUCCUGCUGAUAAAAACAAAGGAGUUGGUACCCAGAUCACACCUGCUACCCUCCUUGCCAAGAGAAAUGCGGAGUUCACUGUUGACUCCUCUCUACCUGAUGAUAGCGAAGAAGUUGGGGCGAUCCGGAUUUCACCAGCCACAAGCUUUGCCGAUGGUGAUUUGGAUGUCACUGUUGAUAUGACAGCUAGCACAAAACAUAGAGGGGCGAAGGCUAACGGGAAUGCAGCAAAAGUCUACUCCUUGUUGGGCCAAAACAGCUUUCAUGAUCACAUCACCCUUCUGGAAACCAGUCGGCGAGUGGUUGAGACAGCAAUGCAGCUAGAAACCCCUGAGGGUUCCCCAGUAGUGAAGUGAUAAAAUAUUUGCCACAAAAGGUCUUAUAAGCCUGAGGGGGGGGGGAUGACAGCUUAAUAGCGAAAAUAUUAAAGGGCAGUCCAUAUAAGAUUAUAUCAUACACCAAUAUUAUCUAGGUAAAGGAAGGUUCAUUCGAUAUAAAUUACAUCAAUACUAUCUACUAGUUAAAGGACGGUUCAUUCGAUAUAAAUUACAUCAAUACUAUCUACUAGUUAAAGGACGGUUCAUUCGAUAUAAAUGUUAUAGUUAUACAUAACGACUGACAAGCCUUUUUGGUAUUACCUAAAACAAUGUUUUUCUCUUGCAGGAUAUUUAAUAAUGCUAAACAUCCCCUAGAUAGAGUUUAUGGGAUUUGGUCUAUUCAUAAUGCUAGAAAAAAUCCCCUAUGUAAGAUAUAUAUGGUUCAGUCUAUUCAUAAUGCUAAAAAUCCCCUAAGAUAUGAUACGGUUCAUUCUAUUCAUAAUGCUAAAAAAUCCCCUAAGAUAUGAUAUGGUUCAUUCUAUUCAUAAUCCUAAAAAUCCCCAAAGAUAUGUAGUGUUCAGUCUAUUCAUAAUUCUAAAAAUCCCCUAAGAUAUGAUAUGGUUCAUUCUAUUCAUAAUGCUAAAAAUCCCCUAAGAUAUGAUAUGGUUCGUUCUAUUCAUAAUGCUAAAAAAUCCCCUAAGAUAUGUAGUGUUCAGUCUAUUCAUAAUUCUAAAAAUCCCCUAAGAUAUGAUAUGGUUCAGUCUAUUAAUAAUGCUAAAAAUCCCCUAAGAUAUGUAGUGUUCAGUCUAUUCAUAAUUCUUAAAAGCAACUGCAAUAUCUAUAGCCGUACCCAUGGGCAGAUAUACUGACUGGAUUCAACCAUCAAGUUAGGGUGGAGCUACGCCUUCCAUGGUGAAAAUGCCAUCAUGCCCAUUGGCGCGCGCCUAAUAUGCAGGAAACACGAUGAGUCCAAAGUCCUGAUGCAUUUGUAACUACAAGGGGUAUGGCAUUGUCCAUAGAAAUAUUGAUUUUCUCGCCAACAUUUUAGGCACCGAGUCUUUUGGCAAGAAACCAUCACAGAUAAUUUAGGUGGCUCCCUUCGACUAUUGCUUUACGCAGAUCUUGAUGAACCUCACGAUCGGCGUCGCUGAGUACUCCUGUUGGUGCAACGACAAAAAUGUGCUAGAAUGGUUUUCCUAUUUCUUAUAGGCAGUAUAAAUAUUUACUCGUUUAGACGAAUAUUUCGUGCAUUAUUGUUACCCAGCACAGGAGUUUAUUUUCUUGUAUUUUUAAAUAAAUCUCUUAGAGUGGUUUUCAAAAUCCCGUGCAACAAAAUGUAGUUGAUUAAGUGUAAUAGUCAAGCCAGGACAAAAAAGAACAAUAACAUAAAGUGUAUUAGUACUAAAUAGUACUAAACUAAAUAGUAUUUCACGGCUUUUUGAAAAGCAUUCUAAAACAGAAUUCAUAGAUAAGCCACUUUGGGCUUCAAAACUUUUAAUAAAUGAAACCAUUUAAGUUAA